CAGCGAGGACCUGGAGGAGACGCUGACCCACUGCACGGAGCCGCUCAAGGCCAUCGAGCAGUUCCAGACAGAGAAUGGCGUGCUGUUGCCCUCCCUGCAGUCCGCCUUGCCCUUCUUGGACCUGCACGGGACGCCCCGGCUGGAGUUCCACCAGUCUGUGUUUGACGAGCUGCGGGACAAGCUGCUGGAGCGGGUGUCAGCCAUUGCUUCAGAGGGGAAGGCUGAAGAAAGGUACAAGAAACUGGAAGACCUUCUGGAGAAGAGCUUUUCUUUGGUGAAGAUGCCAUCCCUGCAGCCAGUGGUGAUGUGCGUCAUGAAACACUUGCCUAAGGUUCCUGAGAAGAAGUUGAAGCUGGUGAUGGCAGACAAAGAGCUGUACCGGGCCUGUGCUGUGGAGGUGAAGCGGCAGAUCUGGCAAGACAACCAGGCACUCUUCGGUGACGAGGUCUCUCCGCUGCUGAAGCAGUACAUCGUGGAGAAGGAGAGCGCUCUCUUCAGCACGGAGCUCUCUGUUCUGCACAACUUCUUCAGUCCUUCCCCCAAGACCAGGCGCCAGGGCGAGGUGGUGCAGAAGCUGACGCAGAUGGUGGGCAAGAACGUGAAGCUGUACGACAUGGUGCUGCAGUUCCUGCGCACCCUCUUCCUGCGCACGCGCAAUGUGCACUACUGCACCCUGCGGGCCGAGCUGCUCAUGUCCCUGCACGACCUGGAUGUCGGCGACAUCUGCUCCGUGGACCCCUGCCACAAGUUCACCUGGUGCCUGGACGCUUGCAUCCGAGAGCGGUUCGUGGACAGCAAGAGGGCCCGAGAGCUGCAGGGGUUUCUGGACGGGGUGAAGAAGGGACAGGAGCAAGUCCUGGGGGACCUGUCCAUGAUCCUGUGUGACCCCUUUGCCAUCAACACCUUGUCCCUGAGCACCGUCAGGCACCUGCAGGAGCUGGUCGGCCAGGAGACGCUGCCCAGGGACAGCCCUGACCUGCUGCUGCUGCUUCGGCUGCUGGCGCUGGGCCAGGGCUGGGACAUGAUCGACAGCCAGGUCUUCAAGGAGCCCAGACUGGAGGUGGAGCUCAUCACCAGGUUCUUGCCCACGCUGAUGUCCUUCGUGGUGGAUGACCACACCUUCAACGUGGAUCAGAAGCUCCCGGCUGAGGAGAAAGCCCCGGUCACAUACCCAAACACGCUCCCGGAGAGUUUCACUAAGUUCCUGCAGGAGCAGCGCAUGGCCUGCGAGGUGGGGCUGUACUACGUGCUGCACAUCACCAAGCAGAGAAACAAGAAUGCGCUCCUCCGCCUGCUGCCGGGGCUGGUGGAGACCUUUGGCGACCUGGCGUUCAGUGACAUCUUCUUGCACCUGCUCACGGGGAACCUGGCGCUGCUGGCUGACGAAUUUGCCCUGGAGGACUUCUGCAGCAGCCUCUUCGACGGCUUCCUCCUCACCGCCUCCCCGAGGAAAGAGAACGUGCAGCGGCACGUGCUGAGGCUCCUCAUCCACCUGCACCACCGGGUGGCCCCGUCCAAGCUGGAAGCCCUGCAGAAGGCGCUGGAGCCCACGGGCCAGAGCGGAGAGGCGGUGAAGGAACUUUAUUCCCAGCUCGGUGAGAAGCUGGAGCAGCUGGACCAUCGGAAGCCCAGCCCAGCCCAGGCCCCGGAGGCCCCAGCCCUGGAGCUACCUCUCCCUACCGUGCCUGCCCCAGCUGUGCUCUGAGGCUCCACCUGGGGCUGCUCAGGGGUGGGUGGGGCCCCUGGACCAGUGAGAGCCAGGACCUGGCUCUCCUAGAGGCAGAGGACGGUUCACAGCACAGUGGGUGGGCUGAGCUAGACCCCCCCGGGGCUGUCCUGUGGGCAGGGCACCCCUGCUCUGCGCCUCAGCCUCUCCUAGAACUGGGUCCCGGGAGGUGUGUGCUUUCUGUGUGACUGUGACCUGUGUCCCUGCUGGUGUGAGCCCCUGGCCGGCUCCAUGGUGCCGCAGGCCCUGCUCCGGGUCUGCCACACCCCACCUGGCCCUGUGCACCCGAGCCACGGGAGCUUCUGCUUCUUCCUGCCUUGCGGUGUGGUUUCUGCUGUUGCUGGUCAGACAAGGGCAGUAGUUGAAAUUAGAAAAAAGCCACCCGUUUUCCAAGGGAAGAGGGCAGGGUCCCAGGCCAGAGGCGGUGAAGGCUGGCAGUGAAGGCGCGUGGGUAGGGUUGACACAGAUCGACAGGAUCAUGUGGCUGCUGGCCAGGUGCCACAGGUGGAGCCCAGCCCUGCCCUCUUGCAGGAGCUCCUCCCCGGUGACAACCCCGUGUAGCAGGCGGGGCAGAGGGAGGCCCCACCCUGCGUGCUGGGCUUGCUCCUUCUUGCUCAGCUGCAGGGUCUCGGCCAGGUGAGGAUCAACUGUUGCACAUAGUGAGACUUUUACUUAUGUAAAUAAAAGGCAUUUUGGUAAAUCCA